GCGAGGAAGUCGUAACCGUGCCUCCGGCGAGCGGAGGUCAGGACAGCUGGAAAGUGCAGAGGCUUUCGUUGAGCAGCGAAUCGCCGAGCAACCGUCGUAAAGGCUGCCGGCCCCAGCUGCAGCCUGGCAGCAAGCGCACACGCCCGGCGCCGCCAAUCCCGGCCUUAUCCUGCAAGGUCAAUGCCAAGGACGUAGACGAGUACCUCGACUGGCCGAACAAGGAGAACACGCCCGGAAAUGCCGUGAACGCCGCCGAGGGGACGACCGAGGCUCAGCUCGAGAACGAACGGCCGACCAUGGGCUCGAAUUUGAGUCGACACAACGGGAAAGGCCUCACCGGCCGCAGAACCCAGUCGUCCGGGAACCUGUGCGAUCCCAAAGGGAAGCUGAACAGCAUGGGCAAGAUACUGGUGCCUUGCUCCAGCGCGCAGAGAGAGAGAUAUAAAUUCUGUGGCUCCUUGCCCAAUCAUCUAGAUGACAAGGACGUGCUGGACGACGAUCCAAAGGAAAAUAAUAACGUAAUGACGGAUACUAUCACUGGAAAUCUUGGUGGAACACUGCCACACAAGAAACGAUCGUUGGGCGUACACUUUUCAGACAGUGGACCAACUGGAACCCUGGACCUCGUGAAACAUCGAUCGCAAGACUCUCUGGAUGAAAACGAUCCUUGGAGGUACCAACAGAGCGACCUUGAUCUAGUACGAUGUCGCCAUGGGAAUUUCGACUCCGUGAGAAGAAAUCGCAGUGUCGACACGGUGUCGGGCGACCCGGCAAGAAGGUACAACCGGGGCACGUCCCUGGAGGACAGGUGUCAACGAAAUGCAGACCUCGACUUGGUCGGCACGUUGCCUAAACGAAAGCAGGACAGCAGGAACGGCGAGAAGACAUCAGACACGAUCUCUUCAUCCUCGCAGUCCUGCGUACCCAACACUGCGGACGACGAUCUGCUGAUGCAGAUCGUGCAUAAGCCUGAUUGCGAGUUGGUCAGGCAUCGACAACAACUUAGCAAGUGCAUCGAUUUGAAGUUGAGCAAACUGGCUGGCGGGGAACCGCAGGAUCAAGGUUACGCGUCGGAGAGGUCUCCAGAGGAUGAGCAUCCGCCAUCGUUGCCUGGUCAACCGUUCCCAAAUAUAACGCCUGAGAACACGUUCCGAGUGACGUUGCAGAAAAGCAGCCGAGGACUUGGCCUAAGCGUUUCCGGUGGUGGGACCGCCGGCCCGGUUAGGGUAAGGAGACUGUUUCCUCAACAACCUGCAGCUUUGUCCAACAAACUUCAACCUGGAGACAUACUUUUGGCUGCCAAUGGAAUUCCUCUAACUGGCCUCACCAAUUAUGAGGCCCUGGAAGUGCUGCGGACGACACCCAGCACCGUCGAGUUGGUGGUGUGUCGACUUCCGGGUGAUACGAGUGUCACACCACCGGGUGCACCGCCACCACCGCCCACGCGGCGCGAGCCGCCACCCCCGCUGCGAAUUCUCAACCCCCUGCCGCCUCUUCAAAUCGAACCCUGCGGCGAAUUCGACAUAGAAAUGACAAAGGUGGACGGCAGCCUGGGCUUCACCCUGAGGAAGGCGGACAGCAGCGCGCUGGGCCAUUACGUGAGGGCCCUGGUGAGGGAACCAGCACUGAGCGACGGCAGGAUUCGACCUGGGGACAAAAUAGUCGCCGUGGACGGUGCACUAUUGUCACCCAUGAGCCACGAAGAGGCUGUCCAAUUGCUACGACAAUGCGGCCCGACUGUCAGACUUCGACUCUACAGGGAUCUCGCGCAGACUCCUGUCUCUGCGCUCUCUCCGACUGAGCCUGACCAUCCACUCCGUCCACCGCGAACCAGUCUCAGACAAGAAGCCGUAGACAUGCUGUGCGAUCUAGCAGUUCGAAAGUUAUCACCAGGUACAUCAAGCUGGUCGAGUUGCAAGCAGUCAUCUGGAACAUCUUGCAACUCUCCAAGAAGACUUCGUCGUCUCGCCACGCGUACGCCUACUGCCGAUAUUGAUCAAGAAACUCUGGAGAAGCAUCCGAGCGUGCACACGACAUCGACGGCCAGCCAGGCAGAGACAUCCGAUUCCGACCAGUGCUCGAUCAGGACGCAGAUAACGAAUUCCCAGCCAAACACACCUGGAACUGACAUAAUCGAUCCACCGCCGCUGUACGACGUCUGCGACUCCAGCGAUUCCUCCAAGACACCGGCGCGACCGAGUUUCCUCGACUUGUCGGCGCCACAGGGCAAGCCACAUUUCCAGUUCUGCAACCUGGACUCGGACCUGGAGUACCCUGGUGGCGACGAGACCAUCAUCAUCGAGGACGAGUUCAAGAGCAAGGAGGCCGAUUACGAGCGAAGGGACGUGACCGUGUUGUCCAGCAACGAGCACGACAACGAUCUGCCCUCGGAACCGGCAUCCAUGCCACCUGUACUCUCCUCCACGAGCAGCUCCAGCGCCGCAGCCUUCAGCUACAAGAACCCAGCUUAUCAGAGCGCCAAUCCGGCCUGCUGCACCGGAAUAGACACCGUGGCGAAAAAUAAGGCUACCCACUCCAGCGACCAGGACAUACCAGGGAAAAUCUUGGGAGCCGAGGAUCCUGCUGGCAGCAAAGGCUUGUUGAAGUGGAAAGGCGUGAUGUUCGCUCCAGAUGAUGGAAUAGAUAAAGCUGGAAACGAAGAGAAGGCCGGGAAGGACACCACGGAUUCAGCUGUCCCCAAUAAAGAUCUUGAACAAGGAAGCGAGGUGUUCAUGGUAGAGCUGACACGUGGUUGGAAUAGUCGACUGGGAUUUAGCUUACAACCAGAAGGAAAUCGCACAGUUAUAUCAGUCGUACAUCCUGACAGCGUUGCAGCUAAAGAUGGUAGAUUGAAACAAGGAGAUGUGCUCAUGAUGGUGAAUGACGAAAGCGUGGAGCACAUGUCAACGGCUGACAUAAUAGAUCUGUUGCGCAAAAUAAGGGGUUCCAUAGGUAUCACGGUGUUGAGACGAAGCAGACGAGAAAACGCAACGUGACGCUAAUCAGGUGUAUAAUCGAAGAACCUGAUUAAAACGAUAGAAAAAGAAGAAACUUCCACAUCCAUUACGGCAGCGAAUUCCUUUUUCUCCAUUUUCAAAAACAGCAUCCAAUGAAAUGCCGUUAGCAAACGUCAGUUCCUCGGACUUUGUUUCAAUACGUAUUUUAUUAGCUUAUUAAAAGACAAUUUGCGCGUUAAUUGUUUAUAAAUAUAAAUGGAGCCGACGUGUUGAUCGAGUGCAAUAUAUAUAAAUAUCAUUGUGAAUAAGAUUGUAAAUAUAACCUACGAAAGUCGACGCCUUAGACGCGACUACCUUGUUUUGCAAUCGAAAUACACUACGUGAGAUUAGCAAGUGAUCGAUCAAAAUGCAAUUGCAUUCGUUGUAACACUCCAUCUGAUACUUAAUUACUGUAUAUUUCAGAAAAUACGUUAUUCGUGUAGAUCAGAUAAUAAUACAAUGUCCAGUGCGGUUUAUCCUUCGAAACGAGCCAUUGUUAGAGUUCGUUUAGAGUAAUAAGACUGCUUUGGGUAAUAGAAAAUGGCGAAGGUGUGAGGAGAUUAGUAUGGUUGCCAUGUAGAUAUUUAUUCAACAAAUGCGAUAAGGCUCUUUAUUUUUACUCUGAUCCUUGAGAAAUUGUAAACUCCACGUUUGAGUAUAUAAAGAUACUCGUCGGUUGUAAUGCAGUAUCAAUAUUUUUAUAAAUCUUCGCUCUCGACAAACGUCUCCA